UACUAGCCCCAGUUUGCGAUGUACAUCUUACCCACAGACUGAGAAACUAAAAGCAGUAAAAUAUUUCAUUCCCCGAGAGGAAAACAAGAGCAGCCGCCUCUGCACGAUCCAGUCCGCGUUAGGAUAUCAGAGUUGAAUGCUCAUGGAAUGCUUCGGCGAUGAUAUAUUAGCUUUGAUUCUCAAGCGAAUUGAUGAUCGGAAAGACAGAGAAUCGUUCUCUCUGGUAUGCAAGCAAUGGUUUAGAGUUGAGCGUUUGAAUCGAGUUUCUUUGCGCGUUCUUGAGCCCGAUCUUCUCCGUGGUUUCUUGCCCAGAUUACCAAAUCUGGUUUCUUUCCAAUCAACAAAAGAAAUCACCAACUCCGACAUGGAAUUCGUGGCCAGAACAUGCCCUAAAAUCCAGGUCCUUAACCUUAAUUUCAAGGAACGGCGUUGUAGUUUGGACGAGUUUGAUGAGAAGCGCUGUUUGAAGGAUGUUGAUGAUUCUGGUUUGUGCGCUUUCGCGACUGGUUGCGGAGAGUUAGUUAGGGUUUUCUUGAGAAGGCGACGCCAAAUUGGGGAUUUGGGGAUUGCUUCGUUGGUUGGAUUGGCUCGAAAUUUGGAGUAUCUGGAUUUGGGAAGGUGCAUUGGGGUUACAGAUGAGUCGCUUCAAGCAAUUGGGUCGGCCAAUUCUUUGCGAGUCCUGAACUUGGAAGGCUGUUUCCUGAUUACAGACAGGGGUUUAGCUUCGUUGGCAAGUGGGUGCUUGUCCAAAACUCUGAAGAAGCUGGUGAUUGCUGAAUGUGAUCGAAUUACAGACGAUGGGCUGUUGCAUUUGGAGAACUUGUGUUGCUUGGAGGAGCUGAAUUUGGGGGAUUGCGGGCCAAAAGUGACUGACAUUGGGGGCAUGGCCAUUGCUACAAUUCAAACGCUGAGAAGAUUGAACUUCUCAUGGCUGAUAAACAUAUCAGAUCAUACAAUUAUUGUUCUUGCUCAGACUUGCUACAAUUUGGAGGCUCUUGAUCUGACCGGGUGCGAGUCGACUACCGGCGAUGGCAUCCGUGUCUUUGCCGGUCACCGACGUCUGGAGGAGCUUGUGUUGACUGGUUGUGAAGACAUUUCAGGGGAAGUUAUGGAAGAAUUGGUGCUGGGAUGCCCCAACUUGAAGUAUAUUGUCCUAGAUAGAAGGCUCAGAAAAUGGGUACCUGAGACAAUACGAAGGCAACGGUUUUGUUGUUUGAAUUGGGUAUGAUGAUGGAUUAGCAAAGCGCUCAACUUUACUUUGUCUUUUUUGGGAGUGGAUAUUCCUUGCUAGUUCUGAAUUUGCAGGUUGUUUGGUUCAUUACAGAAAGGGUUUUACCUGUUUUUUAUUCA